UCAGGACUGCGCUUCUUACACGAAAACUACGACCCCCGUUGUUGGUAUUGGGAACUAGUGGAGACAGUUCGAAAGGUUAUUUUGACAUCUGGAUUGAUCCUUCUUGGUGGCGAGAGCAGAGCUUACAUUGCGCUAGCAUUGCUUUUAUCUGGACUGUACGGGAUGUAUUUCGGGCUAAAAAAGCCCAUAAGUGAUCGAUUCGAAAACAACCUUAUGCUGUCUUCACUUGCCGUUACGUUCGUAAACCUUGCAAUAGGAGCCGUGAGCACAAUCCCAAGUGAAGGUUUUUCGACAACAGUCGACCCAGUCGUGGAUACUCUGGUGUUCAAUGGCUUGGUCUUUGUUGCCAACACCUUGGUUAUUGGAAUCCUUGUCGGUAAGUUAUCAUCAUGCAUUCUAUUCUUCUGUCACACAAUCCCUUUACAUUUAACAGUCAGGUUCAUACCUUAAUUGGGCACCAGACUGAUUAACUUGGUAAAAGUUCUUGCAAUGAAAGAUACAUACCUUACUUCAUAAUUAAUGAGUGCGUCCGAUUCACGAGUUGUACUGAGCGAACCAAAGCAGUGAUAAUCUGAAGUAAUUUGCUAAUUAAAUGAGUACUAAGAUAUAACGAAAGUUCUUUUUCGUUUUUUUUACUUUUAAUCACGACCAAAUCAAAUAGGCCUUGGAAAGGUCUUCUUAGUUCAUUCCUCUACGAACAGUGAUAUGCUUGCACUUGUUGGUAAAACUAGCUUAAUUAAAAUGAGUUUACAGGAUAUUGCCAUUUUUAUGUUUAAAAUCAACAAAACAUUAUUACCGACAAAUACAUCGCAACUCUUUCGUCGCUCACAGGUAGAUUAUUAUAUACCAAGAGCAAGAACUGUUACGUACGGAAAACACUAACUUAGGUUUUUCGACCCUACUUAACGGUCAAAGUUAGGUAUGAGCGAUAGAAACGAGAUAUCAUUAAAGAAAAUCAUAGACAGCAUAAAGAAAAAGGACUUGGAGGGGGCAGGGGGGGGUUAAUUCAAGAAGAAACAUGUAAGGGAUGUUAAUUAUGCAUGACUUACGUCAGUUUAAAAGUAGCUGUGAAGUAUUGCAAUAAGAUUAUUUUAUUUUAGAAACCUUCAUCUUAGAUAGUUUAUAAUUAAUCCAGAUUUGGACUGAACUGGAUUUUCAGAAGCCGAUAUCUUUUAUUAAUUACUUUUAAUAACAUUUAUAUGUUAACAAUUUUUGAAAUAAUUAGUUUAGCUAUGGUAAUAAAUCUUAAUAUUAUACUGUAAUAACUAAUUUUCACGUAAAAGUAUCCCCGAUUGUGUUAGUGGGCCUCCUUAGGCAUGCUAGAAGACCUAAUUACACUUAAUUAAAGUUGUAUGUAUGUAUGUAUGUGUGUAUGUAUGUACGCUCUAAAAAGCGGAAUAACCGAUACCAUCUUUGUUGUUUUGAGAAUUUUUUUCGUAUGCGGCGCGUAAUUGUUCAUACAACAUUUUUCACUUGUGAGAAAAACCGUUUGACACCAGUCAGGUUGGUUUUGCUUUGUUUAGAGUCAAUCUCGGUACUUUUGAAAUAAAAUAAUGUAAUGACCUCUGAGUUUAUUUCUAAAUUAUGAAGUUUUCUAUUUUUUUUUUUUAAUGUAUUACCAUGAACGCUUCACUUGAAUUAGAAAAAUGUUAAACGAUUUCCACGUGAUAUACCUUUUUAUCACCAAUUAGAUGAUAAUAUUGUAGUAAUCCCCCGUAUACAGUUACUGACUUUGUGGCACAGCAAAUGAAGAACAAAUGAAAGGUAAACACGAGGAAUUUAAAAAAAGACACUCUGAUGGUGAUCGUACCGUACCGUGAUAUGAUCCGAGAAAGGGUUAACCCUUUAAGUCCCAAUAUCCACAUACAAAUUCUCCAAACGGAUCUCUAUAUAUUUCCUUAAGGAAUGAGUUCAGAGAAUUUCAUAAAAGAUCAAACAUUUUCUCUUAGCUGAUCAUUUUAUUAAUUCUCAUAACCUAAUCUCUUGACAAUGUAUGUCUAUCGUUAUGAGAAAAUUGAUGUUGGUCACUAUUGGGACUUAAAGGUUUAACAACAUAGUAAGGUACCUUCAAACUUUGUUUCAAAACAUUCUGCAAUAUUAUUUUACUUCUUUAGCACUUCGGGUAUUUUACCUUUAAUUAUUAAAUCAGUUCUUUCAAGGCUUUUUGUGAAAACAGAUAGUUUUUUUAGUCAUUAUCACCAUUGUACUGUUCUCGUGCAAGUAACCGCCUUCAGGUCUUUCCUCUGUGAUGAAAGGUUAAUAUAAAUUGGAUCUAUAAAGGCCAAGUUUUAAUUUCAACGAGUGUUUAUUUUGUUUCAGUGCAAUAUCUGGUGUAUCUUUACCACUUUGUAAAAGAAUGGCGCAAGCAUCCAAAGUGGUCAUUCUCCUGCUGCCUGGCCUUGCUAUUGCCACUUAAUCAACUACAAGGAGAGAUACGCGGAUUAAGUGGGAAAAACAUACUAAAUCAGCAACUGCAAACUGGUGACAUCGAGUUGCCAACCAUUGCAAGUACUUUGAGGGAGAGUGGGGCAGUUGAUGUUACUCUU